ACCAAUUCACGCACGCACACAGCAACCCAUAAGAAGACUAGUACGCGGGCUGCUUGCAAGCGCAUCUCUUCCCUAGUUCCCUGGCUUUUCUGGAUCGUGGAGACAGGUUGCGGCAAAGAAGAAGAAGAGGAAUCAUCAUUUUGGCCAAGCAGUCUAGCACAUAGGGCGCGUGCUGUGGCAACACCAUUUUUCGAAGAGUCGAUAUGGCAUCAAUGCUCCUGCUCGGAGUUGCAAUCCUGCUGCACCUACCAUCUACAUCAGCGCAGCGUGCCCCUGACUGCCAGACUCAUUGCGGUGAUGUGGAAAUUCCUUAUCCGUUUGGCCUUAAUGGCACAGGCUGUGCUAUAGAAGAAGGCUUCGAAAUCAGUUGCAACAAGAAUGCCAGUGGAAUCGAUAAGCCCUUCAUUGGAAAUGUCGAGGUUCUAAAUAUCUCAGUGUCUCACGGCAAGACUCGGGCGCUGAACGCCAUCUCCACAUAUUGCUACAACAAUAACACAAGAGAAAUGGAAGAAGGCCUAUGGUCGCUUGACUUCUCCCGAUGGUGGCCGUAUCGGUUCUCAGACACGGACAACAAGUUCAUAGUCAUCGGCUGCAACACACUCGCAUACAUCUACAAUGAUUAUAACAGGACAGGAUAUACCACAGCAUGUGCAUCAGUUUGUGAGAGCCCAAAGGCCUUGACCAACGGUUCGUGCCUGGGUGUAGGCUGCUGCCAAAAUGCCAUACCCAAGGACUUGACCCGCUAUGACGUCACUAUGUACAUUGUGUACAAUGACUCAAACAGUUCAGACUUCAAUCUAUGCGGCUACGCUGCGCUGGUGGAAACAGAGUCAUUCAGAUUCAGCAGCGAGUACAUAACCACCUCGAGCUUCAACGAGACCUACGAGGGGCGGCAGCCACUGGUUCUGGACUGGGCAAUUGGAAAUGCGACAUGUGACCUGGCCAGGAACAUGUCCUCUUACGCAUGCCGCCAUAGAAACAGCGAGUGUGUGGAUUCGGCCAAUGGCCCUGGGUAUCUGUGCAGUUGCUCAACCGGGUACGAAGGGAACCCUUAUCUCCCUGAUGGAUGCAGGGAUGCCGAUGAGUGUAAGCAGAAUCCAAAAGUGUGCCCCAGAAGUGCAGUUUGCCACAACAUAGAAGGAGGGUACCGCUGUUCAUGUCCUCCGUGGAGAAAGAUGGAUAAGGAAACAAACUCUUGCAACCCAGAUAUCAACCUUAUCAUAGGUAUUUGUGUCGGCUCCAUUGUUCUAGUGAUUAUCAUAUUCUGCACGCGUGUAAUUUUUGAAAGACGAAAGCUUACAAAUGUCAAGAAUCAGUAUUUCCAGCAACAUGGAGGACUCCUAUUAUUUGAGAAAAUGAAAUCGGACCAGGGGCUUGCGUUUACAGUGUUUACUGAAGCAGAACUAGAACAAGCAACAAAUAAAUUUGACAAAAGCGAAAUUCUCGGACAUGGAGGUCAUGGCACUGUGUACAAGGGGAUAAUCAAGGAUAGUCCAGUGGCAAUUAAAAAAUGUUCACUAAUUGAUGAUAGGCACAAGAAGGAGUUUGGUAAAGAAAUGCUGAUUCUUUCCCAGAUCAAUCACAAGAACAUCGUUAAGCUAUUGGGUUGCUGCCUUGAGGUGGAAGUCCCGAUGCUAGUGUAUGAGUUCAUCCAAAAUGGGACGUUGUUUGAUCUUAUUCAUGGCAAGAACCGCUCAUUGCAUGUACCUUUCAGUUCUCUAUUGAGGAUUGCCAACGAGGCAGCUGAUGGGCUUGCCUUUUUACAUUCCUAUGCGAAUCCACCGAUCCUACAUGGUGACGUGAAGACCUCUAACAUCCUUCUUGAUGAGAAUUAUAUGGCCAAGGUGUCAGAUUUUGGUGCCUCAAUACUUGCACCAACUGAUGAAGCCCAGUUUGUGACAAUGGUUCAAGGGACAUGUGGUUAUCUUGAUCCGGAAUAUAUGCAAACAUGCCAGUUGACAGAAAAGAGCGAUGUUUACAGUUUUGGUGUUGUCAUUUUGGAGAUCCUCACUGGAAAAAUGCCACUCAAACUUGAAAGCAAUGAUGUACAUAGAAGCUUGUCAUCAAAUUUUCUAUUGGCUAUGAAGGAGAACAAUCUUGAAGCUAUGUUGGACAGUCAAAUAAAAGAGCAUGAAAGCAUGGAGUUGCUUAGAGGACUUGCGGAGCUAGCAAAACACUGUUUGGAUAUGUGCAGUGACAACAGGCCCUCGAUGAAGGAGGUUUCCGAGGAGCUCAGCAGACUAAGGAAACUUUCAAAACAUCCAUGGUUACAUCAUGACACUGAGACCGAGAACUUUCUCGCUGGAAAAUCAACCAGUAGCCUUGAAAUAGAAGAAAGUACGGAGUACCCAGGAAGAGUUGAGGAAAUGCCCAUGAACGACCAAAGCAAUUCGUACUACAUCAGGUGAAAAAAAAAUGUAACAUGGCUUUACUUUAGCCUAUGGUGUUAAUCGCUACAUUAGGUGAAAUUUCAUAAUCAAACUGUAAUUCAGAAUUCCUAUUAGAUCGGGAUCAUAUAUAUAGACAUAACACUUGAUGGAAUAAA